AUGCCUGGAAGCGGCAAGCAAAAUCCCGAAAUUCAAGAGCAGAUCAAGGAAUUGCUCGAGGCUGGUUUCGAUCCCACCACUAUUCACCGUCGGCUCAAAGUGGGCAGGAGCUCCAUCUAUCGCAUGAAACGAUGUCUACAGCAACAUGGCACAAACUACAUGCCCAAGGAGCUGAAUAAGAAGAAUGGUAGACCCAAAGUGUUGACAGCGGAUCAAGAAUUGGAAGUCUGCGAAUGGCUCCGCGAUCCCAAAAACCGCAACCGUUACCUCGACGACUUGGUCUGGUUGAUCCAUGACCGCUUCGGCAUCGUCUGCAGCACCACCACAAUGUCCAAAAUGCGCAGAAAAUGGGUCCGAGUAAUUGAAUACGAAGAGAACGGCACUCCUAUAGAUGAAAAUACUCGUGCUCAACUCAUGGAGACGCAUCCGGAUCUCCCGAUUCUGCAUCAACAAAACAUCCCCCAAGCUCAAAUGGGUGCGAUGGGCUCGUUGGAAGCUCCGAUGGAACCGCAGCAGCAGAUGCAUCCUGCUUUUCAACCUACGCAUCAUGCUCAUGCUCAUGCCCAUUCUCAUGCAAAUAUUGAUUCGCAGCUUGAUCAGCAGCUUCAGGAUGGUUUGAAUGGGUUGAAUGGGAUGAAUGGCAUGAAUGUGCAGCAUCUUGGAUGA